UACCAAACUUCUAAAAUGAAUUCUGACCACACUACCCACAUAAUGCCUGUCAAAGUAAUUGUGGUGCUAUAUAUAAUGCUUGGGUGUGCGUCUUCUUUUCUUCUCGUGAAUUCAAGUGCUAACAUAGGAGUCAAUGAGUAUAGGGAUCUUAUUAGUCUACUCGUUGAUGAGAAAAACGCAAGGCAUAUGCUUGAAAAUAGACUGGAUAAACUGGAACAAUUCAACCUAGCAGUUACUAAGGAGCUUCAGAAAGACAAGAAUAAUCGCCAGCAGUUAAUUGAUGAAAAUACAAAGAUAAUCAAAGAUUUAGAAAACGCUUCGAAACAUCUGACAAUCUUACAGCAAGAGAAUGAUUUAUUAAAAGAAAAAUAUGUAAACCAAAGUUAUGUUGUAGACGAAUUGUUGGAGCAAUCAAAGAUGAAUGAAAAUUUAACGGACCAAUUUCAGAGUUUGUCGAACAGUCAGGAGCACCUUUUGAAGAAUUACCAUGUCUUACUUGACCAGUAUUUAGCUUUCACUAGCCAAGAUAAGGCCAAUUUUGUUGAAAAACAUGACUUUAACCAGGCUAUAAGUAGAGUUAAUAACAGUUUACUGUAUGCGAAUGAAAGCAUUCACAACAUAACUCUGCAGACGUCGCUGAAUCGUGAAAAAAUAUUGAAAACAGAUAUCCAGCUUGGAUUCUCUUUGAAAGUGGUCGACAAAGCAGCCUCCAGCACGAAUCGUCUUAAAUUUAAGACUUCACUUUUUAACACAGACCACGUGUUCAACUUGUCAACCGGAGAAUUCAUCUGCACUCGAGCUGGUGUCUAUUUCUUUACAACGACAAUUGUACGUGAGCCUGGAAUAAAGGAAGCUUUCUGUGAAAUACGUAUAACACGAAGGAAUUCUAAUAAUAUAAUUGCAACACAGAUAACUGUUGGUCAAGCGAGCAGUACUUCUGGUUAUGCGUCUGGUACGAAUUCACUCGUAUAUCAUCUCAAUGUUGGCGAUAAGGCCUCUCUGUCUUAUUGUCAUGGUAUAGAUCAUAUGCAUUUGUCCUCGAGUUUCAGUGGGUUCCUUAUUGUUUCAGACUAAAGCUCAAAUACUUAUU